CCCGGCCCGCCAUUCGGCUGCGGCCGCCGAGGCGGGCGGAGCUCCGGCGGAUGCCGCUCUCCACAGCGAAAAAAAAGCCCUUUUAAAGGCCCGAAGCGGUGAGAACGGACCCGAAGGCCCGCUAACGCCAUGCUGUCCCGCUUCCGCCUGACCCUACAACGCUGCGUCCACACCAGGGAGAAGGGGAAACCCCUCAUGCUCAACCCUCGUACCAACAAGGGCAUGGCUUUCACGUUGUUGGAGCGGCAGAUGUUGGGCCUCCAAGGCCUCCUCCCCCCCAAAAUCGAGACGCAGGACAUCCAAGCCUUACGCUUCCACAAGAACAUGGCCAAGAUGAGCGACCCCCUCCAGAAGUACAUUUACCUCAUGGGGAUCCAGGAGAGGAACGAGAAGCUCUUCUAUCGGGUCCUCCAGGACGACAUCGAGAGGCUGCUGCCGGUUGUUUACACGCCAACAGUCGGACUCGCCUGUACCCAAUACGGCCACAUCUUCCGGCGGCCCAAGGGUUUGUUUAUCUCCAUCUCGGAUCGGGGUCACAUCAGAUCGGUCGUUAACAACUGGCCGGAGAACGACGUGAAGGCCGUGGUCGUCACCGACGGCGAACGCAUUUUAGGAUUGGGGGACCUCGGAGUUUAUGGGAUGGGGAUCCCCGUGGGGAAACUCUGCCUUUACACCGCCUGCGCCGGGAUCCACCCCCACAAAUGUCUGCCUGUCUGCAUCGACGUCGGCACCGACAACACCAGCCUCUUAAAGGACCCCUUCUACAUGGGGCUGUACCAAAAACGCGACCGCUCGCCGGCCUACGACGACCUCAUCGACGAAUUCAUGGAGGCCAUCACCGACCGGUACGGUCAGAACACCCUGAUCCAAUUUGAGGACUUUGGGAACCACAACGCUUUCCGUUUCCUCCGCAAGUACCGGGAGAAGUACUGUACCUUUAACGACGACAUUCAAGGUACAGCCGCCGUCGCCUUGGCCGGCCUAUUGGCAGCUCAGAAAGCAACGGGGAAACCCAUAGCAGAACACAAAGUGCUGUUCCUCGGGGCCGGAGAGGCGGCUCUGGGCAUCGCCAACCUCAUCGUUAUGGCCAUGGUGGAGAAUGGGGUUCCCGUGGAGGACGCGCGGAGGAGGAUUUGGAUGUAUGACAAACACGGCUUGGUCCGCCAGGGCCGGGAAGAGAAAGUGGACUCCAACCAAGAGCCGUUUGCACACCCAGCUCCGGAUUCCAUCCCGCACAGCUUCGAGGAGGCGGUGACGUUGUUGAAGCCGUCGGCCAUCAUCGGUGUAGCGGGCGCCGGACGCCUCUUCACCCCUUCAGUCCUCCAAAAGAUGGCCGCCAUCAACGACCGCCCCAUCAUCUUCGCCCUCAGCAACCCUACAGCCAAAGCGGAGUGUACAGCCGAAGAGGCCUACACCUUAACCGAGGGUCGCUGCCUCUUCGCCAGCGGGAGCCCUUUCGACGUCGUGACCCUCCCGGAUGGGCGCAGCUUCAAAGCGGGCCAAGGGAACAACGCUUACAUCUUCCCAGGGGUGGCGUUGGCCGUCAUAUUGAGCAGCGUGAGGCACAUCAGCGACCGCGUCUUCCUGGAGGCGGCCAAGGCCCUAUCGGAGCAGCUGAGCCCCCCGGAUUUGGCGCAGGGCCGCCUCUACCCCCCGUUAUCCCACAUCCGGGAGGUGUCCGUCUGCAUCGCCGUCCGGGUGAUGGAGUUUCUCUACGCCAACGGGAUGGCCUUCCAUUACCCGGAACCCCCCGAGAAGGAACCGUACGUCCGUUCCAAAGUGUGGACUUCCCAAUACGAUUCGUUCGUCCCCGACGUUUACCAAUGGCCCCGAAACGCCCCGUCCUAAAAAGGGGGAUCCCCCCCCACCACCCCCCAAAUCCCCUCCCCCCCAUAAAAAGGCCCGGCGAAGCCC